GUGAAUAGACAACUUCUAGGCAAAAACGCUACAUCCUAGACAUCAUUGCUUUUCUAAGCAUGAUUGUCAUCAAGCGCAGAAACCUAGUUGAUAGAUUGUGCUGCAAAACAUGCAAUUACUGCGGUUAAAACACUGCGGUUGUGAUAUAAUCAGCAGCAGCCACACUUUAUUCGAGGAAUGUUUCUUGUGAGAAACUGAAGAUAUCUAUUCAUACUCCAUCAAUAUAAAUAUAAUUAGGUCCGUUUUUAGUGAAAGACGAUGAACCGUUUUCAGAACAAAAUUCAGCCUUAGGUACAUUACUAAAAUAUGUAUUCGAUUUUUACUUACUUUUUACCUAAAGAGAAUGUAGAUACUCUUUGGUACUAAUAAACGACACAAAAAUAAUAUAAAAUCUGCUAGGUUCUGACAUUCUCAUUUCAAAUAGAUAAGCACUACAACAAAAUGUCAGUUGUAUAGAGGACAUCAAAACAUAACUUUCGGGUUACAAAAUAAAAUUUUCAGUGUCCAGUUAUGCAAUAAUAUAGGACAGGGCGUUAACAUACAAUAGCGGUCAUGGAGCAAAUGUACCUGGUUGAGAUAUUCAUAGACAAAGUUACAAUCUAUGCAUCUGAAGAAGAUGAAAAGAGUGGUGCGAACAAAAAUCUCAUAAUAAAAAUAAAAUUUGGGCCCAAAGUACAGUUCAUCAUCAAAGAGGGCCAACUAGCUCUAAACGAAGACAAGAAAGAUGAUAUUAUAGAAUGUGAUGAAAACGGGAAACGAAAAUGGACAAGGACAAUAAGAGUGGGAAAGUCAUACUUGUUUCCAUCGUAUCCUGACACUGUACUUAUGACACUUAGUAAGUUUCCUCUCGAGAUCGAAGUAUGGAACGAUGAUGAGAACGAGGUAGAAAUAUUUGUUGGCAUCGGUACGAUGUACUGGGAAACUGAGUUCUACCACAUGUUAAAAGAAACUGCUGAUGCGAAUAAACUCCAUGAACCAUUGACAAUAAAACAAAAUACAAUACUGUUUGCGGAAUGUUGCUGUAAACGCGUCGGCGAGAUAUCAUUCAUUCUCAGAGUAAGCGCUUUAGGGGAAAGUAUCAUAACAGAAUUUCAGCAACUAAUGAAAGAUCCAGAUACCUUUGUUUUUAGAACUAACAAAGCACCGAGCAUGUUUCAAUGUAAAAGAAUUGAAGGCGAUGACCCCAACUUCUGUAUGGUUGGUAGUUUAUACGAAACGACUACUUUAGAAGAUCCAUCUAUAGUUAACCGAGCUCAAGACCGAAUAGAAGUUUGCACGGAGUUACAAAGCUGCGGUAUCGGACAAAAUGACACAGACUAUAGUUGCAGGCAUGGCACUGAAGAUACAUCGGCCCAAGCGAAAAAGAAAUAUCCAAUUGAUAAGAUCAAAAUGGGAGAUAUUGUAGGGCCAUGUGGUAAUACGAAUUGUCCAUUAGCACAUAAAGUUAGAACAUAUAUUAGGAACUUAGAAACCUAUAAAAAAGAAGCUGAAGGUAAAGUAACCGGAUCAAAGGGCGCUGUAACAAGAAAGAUUUGCGGUUCUUGUGAUUGUAAAGAUGACCGUUGGCAUCGUGAUGAAUGUCCUGAAAACAUAGGAAAGGAUGGCACGCCAAGUAAGGUCGAGUGUUCAGGUUGCGGUGGUAUGACUCCAGCAGGUAAAACUUGUGAAGAUAACAAAAACAAAAAUACAGUUGCGUAUGUCUUUAGUGUAACCAAAGUACCGGGUUUCAAAGAAUCUGUGUAUAGUAAAAAUGGCAUAGUGGAAAACAUGCCCGACUUUUGCAAUAUCGACGAAAAUCUAGCAUCUUAUAGUAAGGGAUGCGCAUGUGGUCGUCCAGGAUGCACUUGGACUCAGGAACUGGAAAAUUCAAUAAGUGCACAGAGCGUACAUCCACCUACUCAAAAUACAAGAAACACACCAAGCGUACAAAUGGUUACAGAUAAAUCAAUAAAGCCACCUUGUGUAAGAACUCCCUCAGAAAUUAAAGCUUACACAUACUCUCAACUACCCGAAACCAAAGGCCCUGGUCGAAAUAUUGGUAACCAAUCUUUUGUUUACAAUGCCGAUGUUAAAGAAAAGGAGUCAAAAAGAAAAAUAGCCGUUUAUAAUUGUGCUGAGAUCCCCGAUGAUAAGGACUGCAAAUGUAAUCCACCUAAACCUACGCCACCGUGCAAAACAUUCGACUGCGAAUGUAUUACAGAAACUGCCAACAUUGCAACGAGAAAAACACACCGACCAUACUGUCCAUCCUUCAAGCACAAAGACACGUGUCCUGUGACAAUAAAGAAUGAAGAAGAGGGAAAGAAAGUUGAAGACGAUGAGGAUGAGGCUGAACCUCUACCUUACGGUUUACCACCCAUAAAACUCGGGCCCUGUCCUGUAAUGGGUAGACCUUGUUCAGUUCCAGACGGAUUUGCCAGAAUGUACAAAACUGCAGCGUUACCUGCCUUGCCACCUAGUUACAAUGACGCUGGUAAAGUUUGCUGUUCCAAAGAAUACGAAAGAAUAAAGAAAGCACUGAAAGAAUAUAUGAAACAUGAGAAAGACAACGAUUACAGAUGUGUGAACAGGUUCAACGUGGACACUGAAAGAAGGUGUUGUGACAAAGAAAAAAGACUUUUAUCAUUGACCGGUAAAAGCUGCUGCGGGUCUCAUAAAAUGGCUAUACAGAAGAAAUUCCAGAUACAGGAUGAAAAGAAAAUUUCUUAACUAUAACAUUGAUAUUUUAUUUUGUAACCCACUAGUGUAAUUUUAAGACCUGAUUAAACUUAUGCAACUGA